UUGGUGGAAACCGAGCGAACGAACCAACCAGUUCGACAACAUCCACAACAUCACCGAAUCACCGAACCCCACGCCUCCAUCUCGUUCUGUCUGACCGACUUCUGACGUUCGGACUGCUUAACUGACUGACUGUUGGAUAGGUUGCUCACCCGCUGCCACUCCAUCUGCCUGGCCAACACUCCAAAAUCCUCGGCCAACCCCGCGUUCACACACACACACACACGCACACAUCGCAUACAUCACGCACAUCACUCACCCCGCCGAUGACCACUCUUAGCACGUCUUGCCAUGCUCUCAUGCACAAUCUGACAUUUGGUUUCUCAAUCGAGACAGUAUCUGCUGCGCCCAUCGAACUAGUACCCGCUCACAGCCAUCUCUGACCCGUGCAACACUUCGCUCACGCUUUUCACCAGACGAAACACGGCCAGCAACUCUGGACUAUUGACCCUACCAAGCUUUGAUCUGACCUUGUCCGUUUUUACGUUAUCGUUACCACCGCAUCCAUCCUCAUACCGUUUUUGGCAACCUGCAUCUCCUGCGAUAGAAACCUUGCUCUGUGUGUUGAGAGCUGUCUAUCGUGUCCAUCAGCCUUGUCUGAUACCUCACCUCAUCUCAACCCCUCCGGCCCACGGACGCGCCCCCCUACGCUCACCCCCUCCGCCUCCAGCCUGCCCGCUCGCCCGCGCGCACCUUGAUAGCAUCUCGAUAGCUGCGCCCGCAAAGCAGCGAGCUGCUGCUGCCAUGGCCCGCAUCGACCUGCUCAACGCCCCGACGAAGCCAUGUCACAACUGCCGCCGCCGCCGCCUCCGCUGUGACCGCUCCUAUCCCCACUGCCACAAGUGUACAGCUGGCGGACAGGAGUGCCUGGGCUACGGGAAGCUGUUCCGCUGGACAGAGGGCGUCGCGAGCCGCGGCAAGCUGGCGGGGAAGACUACCAUCACCUUCUCGGCCGACACGACGACGACAACGACGACAUCGACGUUGUUGACGUCCUCGCGGGCUUCCACGCUCGAGCCUUCCGACGCCUCCGCUUCUUCGUCCGCCGCCUCCACUUCGGACCGUCGCCUCCACCCCAACAACAACAACCACCACCAAGACCCUCCGGCGGCAUCUGCCGAAGAUGCCUCCACAGCUCUUGUCGUUUCUGCCGUCCGGCCCGCCGGCACCGAGACCCAGUUCACCCAGACGGCCCCCUGGACUCUCGUCGACCCUCUCUUCCAGGGGGUGGAGCAUCACUACCGGCACUACCUCUCCUACUUCACCACGCGCGUCUGCAGGGAUCUCGUCUCCUGGGACCUCCCCGAUCGGAACCCCUUCCGGUCCCUGAUCCCGCUCACCAAGGCUCAUCCCCUGCUGCAGCACAUCAUCGUUGCCGCCUCCGCUGCCCACAUGUCUAAUCUCUCCCGCGCCCUGUCGUCCGACCCAGAAUCGGAUCUAAACGCGCGGCAAGCUCUAACCGAUGCCCUGGUCGCCAAGCACAAGGCUCUGCGCCUGCUGUCUGCCGCCCUGCAGGACCUCGGCGGCAUCGGCGGCGACGUCGUCCUGGCGUCCGUGCUCUUCUUCGUCAACGUCGAGCUGAUCGAGAGCGGGAAAGACGGCUGGAAGCCCCAUCUCGAGGGCGCCGGCCGAAUCAUGUCCCACUUGUCCCCCGUUGGCACCGCGGAUGUCGCCUUGCGUGAUUAUGUCAUGUCUGAUUGCUUCAUCUAUUACAUCUUGGCCUCCGCCUUCAACGCCUCAACCCCGGCCGCCAAGUCUUACUAUCAGUCCGCCCAGAUUUCCUCCAUCCUGGGCAAGGCUACUACCAAUAGCUACCUCUGCUGUCCGCCCGACAUCUUGCAGAUCCUCCUGGCGGCAUCCCAGCUGUCGAACCGCACCACGAACGACCUUGAAUCUGCCGCAGACGUGGCCCAGGCCGCCGCGCAGAUACUGCAGCAGGCCCUGUCCUUUGACGUCCACGACUGGGCCUACGAGCCGCGUACCAUCUCUUACUUCAAGCACAUCCCUGUAGAGAGCCGGAUCCACGCCGGCUCGGCCCACCGCCUCGCCGCGUGCCUAUACAUACUCCACGCCCUUCCGUCGGCAUCGAUCCUCGUGCCCGUCGACCGCGAGGAGUUGGACAGCCAGAUAUUCUACCACCUCUCCUGCAUCCACGACGAAGACCCCAACUUCAAGGCGACCUGUUGGCCGACGUUCGUUGCCGGCGCGGGCACGUCCGACCCCGAGAGGCGGAAAUGGAUCCUCAACCGCCUUAAGAUGCUCAUGAUUGCUACUCCCUGGGGCUUCAUCAUGACCGCCAUGGACACGCUGCACACCAUCUGGAACAUUGAGGAGUCUGUGGACCCGGAUACCCAGGUUGAGCGGACCUGGGUCCAGAAGCUCAAGGCCUCGAACCUGAACUUCAUCAUCGUGUGAGGUGGAGUGGGUCGCAAU